AUGGGUGGUGGUACCUCCAAAGCUGUCAAGUUUGGUUCCAAAUCUGUGAAGUCAUUCAAAGACAGGGACACGGGUUAUAUGACAUUGGACCUGAAGGACAAUAACCUUGAUCAGCUACCUGCUACAGUAUGUCGUCUGAAAAAGUUACAAGUGUUAGACACCAGUUUUAAUGAGUUGUGUUCACUGCCUGCAGAAAUUGUGAAGCUCCGACAACUCCGCGCGUUGUUACUUUACUCCAAUAGGUUUGAAGUCGUGCCGCAGUGUGUAUGCGAACUGCGCAGACUCACUGACCUAGUUUUGACAAGAAAUAGGAUUCAGGCGGUUCCCAUUGAAAUUUGUCAAUUGACGAACUUGCGGUAUUUAUCGCUACACGGCAAUCGCAUAGAACGAUUCCCGGAAGUGAUCUGCUGCCGUGAACUGAGCGGACUGGAACGACUUGACCUUGGGGAGAACAAAUUAAAAACGGUUUCAAGCUCCAUAAGCAGGCUACAUCAACUAGAAACUCUGAUACUGUCAGACAACCAAUUGGAGAAUGUACCUGACACGAUAUGCAAAUUAACGAAGUUAGUCUCAUUGUGGAUAAAGAACAAUCAAUUGACGUCACUUCCGGAUAAAAUGGCAACGCGUUUAAAUGAGUUAGAUGAGUUGGUUAUUGACAAUAACCCACUUCCACGGGAGUUGUUAAACGCCGCCGUGAGAGGCGUUAAUUCAGUACGAAGCUAUGAAAAUACGGUAUAA